UGCGUUUUUAAAAGUUUUUAUCCUAUCAGUAUCGAAACAUGCUCCAAUGACGCACAGCGACCGCUCUCUCUGGGUGGUGUUUUCUCUCUGCGCAGUGUUUUGGGAAAAGCAUGAUCCAUCUUCGACUGUUGAAGGAAAGAUGCAUCGUUAAAACACUCUUGGUGAUACGCAUUGUGAAGAAGAAUGUUGAUGUUGUUGAAGAGGAAGACUCAGUGGUAAACAAACUCCAAAUCGUGUAAUUUGCUUGUCCUGGCUGGAGACUGAGUGAAGGAUCAUGGGUAACACAGGUGACCGGAUGUCCGGUGAUCGCCAUGGUGCUAAGGCCCAUCGAUCAGACAGCAGAGGCAGCGACAAAGACCAUGAGCCCAGCAAGAUGGUGGACAGCACAGACGAUCCUAACAUCUUCAACACACACGGACUGGGGUCCUCCAAGGCGUCGGACAAGGAGGAGCCUGACCUGGAUGACUUGGUGAAGACGGGGCCUCAAUCCAGACCUACAGUCAUCCGCUGGGCCGGAGGAGGGAAGGAGGUCUAUAUCGCGGGCUCCUUCAACAACUGGGGCAACAAGAUCCCCCUCAAUAAGAGCCACAAUGACUUUGUAGCGAUCCUGGACUUGCCAGAGGGAGAGCACCAGUACAAGUUCUUUGUGGACGGACAGUGGGUCCAUGACCCCUCAGAGCCAGUGGUGACCAGCCAGUUGGGCACCAUCAACAACCUGAUCGAGGUGAAGCAGUCGGACUUUGAGGUGUUCGAUGCUCUGCAGGUGGACUCUCUGGAGUCCACCGACACCUCAGAUCUGUCCAGCUCCCCUCCAGGGCCCUAUGGACAGGAGCAGUACAUGUUUAGGCCUGAGGAACGCUUCAAAGCCCCGCCCAUCCUCCCCCCACACCUCCUCCAAGUCAUCCUCAACAAGGACACCAACAUCUCUUGCGACCCAGCCUUGCUGCCUGAACCCAACCACGUGAUGCUCAACCACCUUUAUGCUCUCUCAAUAAAGGAUGGCGUGAUGGUGCUCAGUGCGACUCACAGAUAUAAGAAGAAGUACGUCACAUCUCUGCUCUACAAGCCCAUCUAACCUGUCUGUGUAGGUGCAGAGUGCUAGAGGGCGGCAUGUUAACACUGUACUGGGUUUAACCAUCGUGUAGCUGAGAUUGCACUAAACUAACAGUUUACUGAUGAGACUAGGGGCAAAUCUCAAAGGACACCCUUUUCCUUGUCCAGUGACCUACAGGGCUCCACAAAGGGCUCAAAGUAAAGCACUCGAUGGGGAAUAGGGUUUCAUUUGAGUCUCAGCGUGUGACCCUCACAAGGGAAAAUACUUAGCAUUCACAGUUUGAUAGCGAUAAGAAAAGGGACUGAGAAGGAGACUACUGUGUGUGUUUGCGUGGAGCACUUCUUUGCAUGUGGGCGUGUAGAAAGAACAUUUAGUUCCAUUAAAAACAUGAAGGUUUGAAGAAAAGUCCUGAUGGAUCUUGGAAAUGCAUAUAAUCAAGAUGAUGUUUUAUUAAAUGAGCUUUUAAAAGAUAUGAACAGGGAAAGAGGGCCGUUGAAUGUCGCUGGUUGGAUUAUGGUACACUCCCAUUCUUUCUCCAUAUUAAUACAGUAGUUGGACAUGACUGGAGUAACUGCAGGUUCUUCCUGGUUUGGUCCCAAUGGGUCGAUGACCACUAAUCGAACCAUGAUAUGCAAUUGGAUAGGCUGUAAAUUGAACUGAAUUAUAAUGAAGUCAAAGUAUAACAAAGGAUGGGAAUAAUAUCGUAAAGCCCGUUUAAGCCUAUCACACUGGCCAAAUCAACUUUGUUUCCACGUCAUUUCAAUGUUAGGACGUCUGUGCUCAUUGGGAUAUGAUUCACACUUUUGAAAAAUGUGAAAAUCCCUUUAAACUACUGUAGAGGCCUCGUAUUAAUUAGAGUAUAUUAACGAGGGGUUCUCGUUGGGGAAUGUUGGGCCGUGGCUGUAGACCUGUGCUUAGUGCUUUAUGUCUUUAUGACACGGUGAUGCAAGCACUUGAGUUACCCAUCCAUGCGUCUCCAACAAAUGCUUUAAGCAGGACUGUUGACAUAAGCUUUUAACUAUGCAGGUAUACGGAAAAAUAUUGCUCAGUAGCUUUAUGUUGGACCUCGGUGUCCAAGCUGCAUUUUCUAGGCCUUAGAUACAGAAAUGGCUGUGCUACGUGUUUCUCUCUCUAGCCCAUUUUCUAUUUAUCCAAUAGGAAUCUAUUUGUCUGUGUGCCAUAUUUAUAGCUUACACUCCCAAAUACUGGUUUGUCUUGAAUGUUGUGGAGCAUUUGAAUGUCUAGUACGAACAGUUACUGUAGAAUAUGUGGUGGAUUUUAUGGAUUUCAAUCAAGAUUCAAAAUGUCAUUCAGUGAAGUAUAAAAUGGCCAAUAUGGAUUUCAAUCAAGAUUCAAAAUGUCAUUCAGUAAAGUAUAAAAUGGCCAAUAUGGAAUGUGGAAAAGCGUAAUUUACUUUCAUCAAGAUUGUUAAAUUUGAGUGUUCUGUGAAUCGAACUUCAAAUGUUUGACCAUACACCAUUUCAUAUUUGUACGUUGUUAGAGUACUGUACCUGUUGCUUGUGAUACCAGUAAUCAAUGUGGGCUGAUAUGUAGGUAUAUACUCCAAAGAGAAUAUAAAUAUAUAUAUGAGAUUUUAUUUGAAAAAACUUGAGUAAAGAAAUUAUUACUGAAAGCCAUAGCUAGCUCACUCUGAGACGAUACACUGCAACACCUUCCUAAUAUUGAGUUAUACCUCGCUUUGCCCUCAGCCUCAAUUCGUCAGGGCAGGGCCAUGGACUCUACAAGCUGUCAAGUGUUCCACAGGGAUGCUGGCCCAUGUUGAGUCCAAUGCUUCUCACAGUUGUGUCAAGUUGGCUGGAUGUCCUUUGGGUGGUGGACCAUUCUUGAUACACACAGGAAACCGCUGAGCGUGUAAAACCCAGCAGCGUUGCAGUUCUUGACACACUAAAACUGGUGUGCCUGGGACCUACUACCAUACCCAGCUCAAAGCUACUUAAAUCUUUUGUCAGACCCAUUCACCCUCUGUAUGGCCCACAUACACAAUGUCUCAAGGCUUAAAAAUCCAUCUUUAACCGGUCUCCUCCCCUUCACCUACACUGAUUUGAAGUGGAUUUAAUAAGGGAUUAUAGCUUUCACCUGGAUUCACCUGGUCAGUUUGUCAUGGAAAGAGCAGGUGUUCCUAAUGUUUUGUACACUCAGUGAACGAUAUGUGAUAUUCUGGAACUUGAUUAGGUAAAAACAAAACUUGAAUUUUUUAUCUGUUAGCUAACAUGUUUUUUUCUUCUCCAAAAUGCUUUGCAGCAUCAUUGUAAGCCAAGUACUGUAGAAGGUUGUUUCAGUUUGCAAAUAAAAAGGGGAGACAUGUUGACUCUAAA